UGCUUGUAGGACGACUGGUGAUGCUGACCAAUGGAUCAGUUACUUUAUAUAGCCAAAAAUCACUUCAAUAGCGACUUCUAAACGGGCAAACGUGUUUGGCCAUAAUUCUUCUGUUUAAUUGAGAGAAUGGAUUUAUCAGUUGACCCAGAGGUGCCACAUAUAGGUCUUUUUUGUGGACGUGACCUUGGUUCUUGGUGAUCAUCACAAACGCGUGAAGACGAUCGAUAUAAUGAAAAUGGUCUUGGAAGUAAACAAUAAUAAGCACACGGAUCUAAAAACAGCAAACAAUUGAGGAGUCAUUGAAUGGGGAUUAUGUCCAAAGGUUAAGCAAUAACGACCGAUAACGGGAAGUUCGCCGCUGGAGAUGAAACCAAAAAGAAUGCGCAUUGUUCGAAGAAGCCAAAUUUGAGAUAAUUAAACUGGUUUGGCGCGUGGCGCUGGAACAGAAGUCAUUUGGUGGCUAUUUUCGGCUGAGGUGCCAACUACUAUAUAUAAUGAUUCCACGGAUGGUCAAUCAACAACAGUCGUCCGGCUCACACAAACGUUCGAUAACCACAAGUUUAAGUCUUUAACUUACAACAAACUACAAAAAUGUUCCGCAUUAUCGCUGUGAUCUUCGCCCUGGUUGCCAUGGCUUUUGCUGCUCCUGGCUACAUUGAGCCCUCCUACGGAGUGGUUCCUGUGGCCCACGUGGUGCCCGUGGUGAAGUCUGUUCCGGUGGUGAAGCAUGUUCCGGUGGUGCAGCACGUUCCGGUGGUGAAGCAUGUCCCAGUGGUCCAGCAUGUUCCUGUCCUGAAGUCCUACGCCGUUCCCACCUACGGACACCACAUCUACCAUGGUUAAAUGAGCACAACCCCAUUAUAAAUCGACCCGACACUAAUAAACUACCAACCAAAUCGAA